CCGCCGCCCCCCCCCCGUGCGGGCAGCCCCCUCCUCCUGUCUCUCCAGGUGUCCCAGGCCGGGCGGCUGCGGCGCGGCCGGCGGCAGGAUGACUGACACCCGGCGGAGGGUGAAGGUUUACACGCUGAACGAGGACCGGCAGUGGGACGACCGGGGUACGGGGCAUGUGUCCUCUGGCUACGUGGAGAGGCUGAAGGGCAUGUCCCUGCUUGUCAGGGCAGAGAGUGAUGGUUCUCUUCUUUUGGAGUCCAAAAUUAAUCCAAACACUGCGUACCAGAAGCAACAGGACACUUUGAUUGUGUGGUCUGAAGCUGAAAAUUAUGACUUGGCACUUAGCUUUCAAGAAAAAGCAGGAUGUGAUGAAAUAUGGGAAAAAAUAUGUCAGGUUCAAGGAAAAGACCCUUCAGUAGAUAUUACUCAGGACCUUGUAGAUGAAUCUGAGGAAGAACGCUUUGAUGAUAUGUCAUCACCUGGUCUAGAAUUACCAUCUUGUGAUUUAAGUCGGCUAGAAGAAAUUGCAGAACUUGUGGCAUCUUCACUGCCUUCACCGUUGCGUCGUGAAAAACUCGCACUAGCACUGGAAAAUGAGGGCUAUAUUAAAAAGCUCUUAGAAAUUUUUCACGUGUGUGAGGACUUGGAGAACAUUGAAGGACUGCACCACUUGUAUGAAAUUAUUAAGGGAAUCUUCCUUUUGAAUAGAACUGCACUUUUUGAAGUCAUGUUUUCUGAGGAAUGUAUAAUGGACGUAAUUGGAUGCCUAGAAUAUGAUCCUUCUUUAUCACAGUCACGAAAACACAGGGAAUUUCUGACUAAAACAGCAAAAUUUAAAGAGGUGAUUCCUAUUUCUGAUCCAGAGCUGAAACAAAAAAUACAUCAAACAUACAGAGUACAGUAUAUUCAAGAUAUGGUUCUACCCACUCCCUCUGUGUUUGAGGAAAAUAUGCUGUCAACGCUUCACUCCUUUAUCUUUUUUAAUAAAGUGGAAAUAGUUGGUAUGUUACAGGAAGAUGAGAAAUUUUUGACAGAAUUGUUUGCCCAGCUAACAGAUGAAGCCACAGAUGAGGAGAAAAGACAAGAAUUGGUAAAUUUCCUUAAAGAGUUCUGUGCAUUUUCUCAGACGUUACAACCUCAGAAUAGAGAUGCUUUUUUCAAAACAUUGUCUAAUAUGGGUAUACUGCCAGCAUUAGAAGUUAUUCUAGGUAUGGAUGAUGCACAAGUACGAAGUGCAGCUACUGAUAUAUUCUCAUAUUUGGUUGAAUACAAUCCAUCCAUGGUACGAGAAUUUGUCAUGCAGGAAGCUCAACAGAAUGAUGAUGAUAUUUUACUCAUUAAUCUCAUCAUAGAACAUAUGAUCUGUGACACGGAUCCAGAACUCGGGGGGGCAGUCCAGCUCAUGGGUCUACUUCGAACUCUAGUUGAUCCAGAAAAUAUGUUAGCGACUGCCAAUAAAACGGAGAAGACAGAGUUUCUGGGUUUCUUCUACAAACACUGUAUGCAUGUUCUCACAGCCCCCUUACUGGCUAAUACUACCGAAGAUAAGCCUAGCAAAGAUGAUUUUCAGACAGCACAGCUGUUGGCAUUAAUAUUGGAAUUGCUAACUUUCUGUGUAGAACAUCAUACAUAUCAUAUAAAGAACUACAUUAUUAACAAAGAUAUCCUGCGACGAGUAUUAGUUCUUAUGGCCUCAAAGCACGCUUUCUUGGCAUUAUGUGCCCUUCGUUUUAAGAGAAAGAUAAUUGGGUUGAAGGAUGAAUUCUACAACCGAUACAUAAUGAAAAGUUUUUUGUUUGAACCUGUGGUCAAAGCAUUUCUCAACAAUGGAUCCCGCUAUAAUCUGAUGAAUUCUGCCAUAAUAGAGAUGUUUGAAUUUAUUAGAGUGGAAGAUAUAAAAUCAUUAACUGCGCAUGUAAUAGAGAAUUACUGGAAAGCACUGGAAGAUGUAGAUUACGUGCAAACAUUCAAAGGAUUGAAACUACGAUUUGAACAGCAAAGGGAAAGACAAGAUAAUCCAAAACUUGACAGCAUGCGGUCCAUUUUGAGAAAUCACAGAUACCGGAGAGAUGCAAGAACUCUAGAAGAUGAGGAGGAAAUGUGGUUUAACACUGAUGAAGAUGAUAUGGAGGAUGGAGAGGCAGUGGUACCCCCCUCUGAUAAAACUAAAAAUGAUGAUGAUAUUAUGGACCCUAUAAGUAAAUUCAUGGAAAGAAAAAAAUUGAAAGAGAGUGAAGAAAAGGAAGUCCUUCUGAAAACUAAUCUUUCAGGUCGUCAGAGCCCAAGUUUCAAACUAUCCUUCUCUGGUGGUACAAAAACUAACCUUACGAGCCAGUCAUCUGCAAGUAACUUGCCUGGGUCUCCAGGUUCCCCAGGAUCUCCGGGUUCCCCAGGAUCUCCCGGAUCAGUUUCUAAAAGCACAUCUCAGAUGGCAGCUAUUACUACUAAGGGAGGCUUAGUGGGGCUUGUAGAUUAUCCUGAUGACGACGAGGAAGAUGACGAAGAUGAAGAUAAGGAAGAAACUUUACCUUUGUCAAAGAAAGCAAAACUUGAGUCGUCAUAAUGGCAACUGCCUACGAUCAAUACCAGUUGGGGGGAGAGUAAUUUUUCCAAAACCCACAAAAAGUAGCAAUCUUCUGUGAAUUACUGUGUGAGACACAGAUCAACCUAUACAAAUGGAUUUCUGCCAAUCAAGUGCCAAUUCAAAGGAGCAGAAGAAGGGGAAAUUCUACAUUUAGGGGAAAGACCUUUGAGCUCUCCAGCUUGGACCACACAUUGCCCUUUUCUCAGGGAAGGAAAUGGAAAAAAAAAAAAA